AUGCCCUGUGCAGAUGGAAGCCGCUCAGAGGUCGGUGGAACCCCACUGGCGGCCCUCCGUGUGACCUUGUCCGGUCCCAGAGCCUCUCAGCAUGCCCCGUACCGGGGCAGAGUGAGAGAAGGAAGGAGAAAGGGGAAGGCAACUUUGGAAGAUCUUCUGGGUCCCGGGAGGCUGUGGCCAGACGCUUCUCCCCCCAGCCCCGCCGCCGGGGGCCAAAUUCCGAGGCCAGCUGCUGUCCUUGCGGUGAGGAAUCCGGCCCGACGGGAUUCCUGCGCCACUCCCCCUCCUCGAGAGAGGGUGCUGGGCCCCGCGGCAGGGGCAGGGCGGGGGUGCGCAGAGAGCGGGGUGGUCCCCCGGCCCCUGGGGUUCCUCCGCGGCAGGGCCGCCCCCGACAGCGCCCCCAAGUCCCCCACGCCCGCCCGACCCGGCGCGAAUCGCCCCCCAACGUUGGCCUGGCAGCCGCUAACCGCUAACGGCUGGCCCUCCGACUGGCUUGUCGAGGCUGCCGCAGCAAUUAGAGCAGGAACAAGGUACCGCCCCCAGGCUGCGGCGCCAGCGUGUGACCCGGCAAAGGUGCCCGGUCCCCGGGGGGCGGGACUACUCCGGGCGGCGACGGGGGCCGAGCACCCGCGCAGCCCGCCCGCCAAGCGCAGCGGCCUCGGGGCUCGAGCCGGAGACCCCGACCCCCUCCGGUCCCGGCCGCCUGCACCCACUGACCCCUCGACCUCCUUCAGCGCCUGCACGUGGUGGGUGCCCAGUGAGUGUUCAACGAGUGAGGGGACUGGGAGAUUCCCGAGGUGGGGGCGCCAGCGUGGCCUGAGUUCUAAUCCCAGUUCCGCCCUAUUCCCUACUCGCAGUUUGGCGCUGAUCGGGUGGAUCCCACCGCUCACCGAACACGCCCGGCCCUCGCGACAGAGGCACCGUGAGUACGCCCGCCAUCCGGGCGCAUCUUGGGCACACACUGCCCAGUCCCCCGCCCCUCUGCAGCGGGCAAGGACCACGUGACUCCUUAAGUAGGCCACUUCUCCUGGGCGAGCCUCUCUGCCCUCCUAUUCCCCUUGUCUCUGACCAGCAGCGAAGGAUCCAAGAGAAGCAGCUGGGGCCGCGACACGACCGCCAAGGCGCCCCGGGGCCCUGAAUCACCACGCGGAAUUCUCCCUGGCCACGUGAGCGAACCGAGACAGGAACAACAGUCGAACACGGCCCUCGAGGGCCGUGAAGGUUAAAUACCUAGUACACCUGCCCGGGACUCUUCCCUUCCGUGGGAACCCAGGGAGCUGGCCGCAAGGGGAAGCCCACAGCAUCGCAGGAAGGAAGGAUCUGGAUCCCAGGGCCGAAGAGAGAGGCCUGGCCGGCAACAUGGGCGAGGAGUUUGCUUGAGCCAGACGCAGAGCCUCGCGGUGCACAGCUGCUGCCCUUGGGGGACUGUCCUCAUGGCACCUGGCUUCCCCUUCCUUUGCCGUGUCCACCUGGCAAACCCCCAUGCCAGGUGAACCCAACCUGCCCUUCUCAACUGCCACCGGAAAGCUGAAUGUUCCUGAAGAACACCCUAUAACUGGUUCAACUGGUUUUACCUUCAAUUGGUGCCCUGAGCCAGGGGGGUCCUUUCUCUGUCCUACUGCCUGUUCCGGGAGGUUGGUCUUUCUCAGCCCAGGUGACCCACUUUACCAUCGCAAACGCUUUUAAGGGUACAGUUCAAGACUGUUCACGUAAGUUCUUCGAGCUAUCGUGAAUCAAACUGUUAGGAAUAGUGGUGUACAAAUACCUGUUCAAAUCCGCACUUUUUUUUUUUUUUUUAAUGUUUUAUUUAUUUUUGAGACAGAGGCAGAGUGUGAGAGGGGAGGGGCAGAGACAGAGGGAGA